GCUUGAGGAAUCGCAGGCCGCUCAAGCGCUUUUCGAAUAGCCAUGGCGAUGAUGCGGACCAGGACAAAAAACCAAGGUAUGUGCCUCUGCCUCGGGAUCGCGUUGGCGCUGCUCCUGCAGCCGAGCACGGAGUCCCUUCUCGAUUUUCAGGACUUUGCGCGAGGAGUUCCUGGGCUGAAGGACCAUGUGGCAAAACGGCACCCGUUGCAUGCCGGAGUCGCUCGGCGCGCCGGGGCUGCGCAAGAGGACGACAUUGCUGAGGCCUGGGGGACACGUGCAUCAAGCUUGAACGCUGGGCUUCUUGGUUCACUGCUCACAUGCGACCGCGUCUCUCAACAUGAAGCGGCCGUGCUGAGCGAGACUGUGCGGCCAGCCUGCUUUGCGUUGGUUCAGGCUGUGCUGCUGCAAAGCAAUGUUCCCACAUCCAAGUUCCAGGACUUUUUUCAACUUGGCCUAGCCUUCAUUGAGAGGACGCGGGCGACAGUCCGGGCAGUUUGCGCAAUGCGAGUGGCCAUUGACAUGGAUGGCUUUCCCUACGACCUGCCCUGCAAUCCUGAAGCAGCGGCGGAGCAAUUCAGCAGAGACAGGAAAUCUCGCGUGUGUCUGGCAAAAAUGACGAAUCAGAAAGGUGUAGACAGCAUCGGAUUCGAUGGUGACACCAUGACCUUGAUUCACAGUAAAUACCCAGAAUCUGAUGGAGAGCAACAGGUGGGGCAAAUUACGAAGUUCAUGGACUUCGUAAAAAAGACUGGCGUUACAUGGGCCAAAUCAGCAAAAUGCACGAGGAUUCGGGCGAUCUUUGCGACUGGGAAGGCAUCAAUAGACUACAGAUUGAAGACGGCAAUGCGCCUCAAGGCCGAGGGGGUCGACAUCACUUACACAAUUUACGCCAAGACAGAAAACAGCAGAAAUUGUGCAAUCCCGACACAGCGGAUCGAUGCUUGGAUCCCUCCAGGACUCAUGUGCAUGUAG